CUCUCUCCCAUUCGAAGAUAUAAAUAGUGUCCCUCUGUUCAUCUACGGCCAUGGCGACAUCAACGACUACCGCCAUCACGGCUGAGAACAUUGUCCGUCUCUUCCCAGAGAUCACCGUGAUCGGUACCCCUGGAGCCUCCGCCGCGAACGAUUCGGAAAUGGCGGGCUACGAUGCCGAGCAGAUCCGCUUGAUGGACGAGGUGUGCAUUGUGGUCGAUGAGAAUGAUGUACCUGUAGGGAAUGGGAGCAAGAAGACAUGCCAUCUGAUGCAGAACAUCAACAAGGGACUCCUCCACCGAGCGUUCUCAGUAUUCCUCUUCGACUCCGAGAACCGGCUACUGCUACAACAGAGGGCGACGGAGAAGAUCACGUUCCCUGACAUGUGGACCAAUACCUGCUGCUCGCACCCGUUGGGAAUUCCGGGAGAAACGGGCGUCGGAUUAGAUGCGUCCGUCAUGGGCGUGAAGCGAGCAGCGCAGAGAAAGCUCGACCAGGAGCUGGGGAUCAAAGGUCAACAAGUACCGCUUGAUCAAUUCCACUUUCUGAGCCGGAUACACUACGUUGCUCCUAGCGAUGGAAAAUGGGGGGAGCAUGAGAUCGACUAUAUCCUGUUCAUCAAACCCACCGGUCAAGUCGAUGUGGAUGCCAAUCCAAACGAGGUUCGAGACGCAAAAUACGUAUCGCAGGAGGAGCUUAAGGCGAUGUUCGAGGACGAGUCGCUAAAGUUCACCCCUUGGUUUAAGCUCAUCUGCCAGUCGAUGCUGUUCGAGUGGUGGUCCAAGCUGGAUCAAGGAGUCGAUAAGUUCGUCCCCGAGCAAGAUAUUCGGAGGAUGCUCGAGCCACCGAUCUAGGUUUUGUUAAUAUUGGGUCUUCAGCUUCCUCAGAUCGAAGCGAUGUGUUUUCUUUUCUGAGAGCUCACCUGUGCUUUCGCUUGCUUCGUUGCCAAACGGUUGUAUGAUAUUAUUGUGGGCGAGCAGGAUGGGUGUUUGGCGCCCGGAUAUCCCGCACUUACAGUGAGCAUUGGUCACUAUAAUUGCAUAACUAAUCGAUAGUUAGAAGCAAUUGAUCACAUAUCUUGCCAUCGCAAGAGUCAUGCC